AUGACCUGCCUGAGGUUGGCUUUGUUAAAUUCCCCUGCAAUGAUAGAGGCAGCAUCUAGAUUGAGAUAUCUGAGGAUUGUUCUGCUGGGGAAGAAUGGAUCAGUCAACAGCCGAGUAGGAAAUGCUAUACUGGGUGCAGACGCAUUUCAGAGUGAAUCUGCAUCUAAUUCAAAGCAGCACAGUAAGAGAAUUAGUGGAGCUGUGGAGGGGAGACACAUCACAGUCAUUAAAACUCCUCAUCUGCUCCAGCCAAAUCUCCCACACCAUCUCCUAAUACAGGGAGUGAGAGAAUGUGCUUCUCUGGCUGCUCCAGGACCUCAUGUGAUCGCACUCGUACUGCAGAAUAAGGACUUCAAAAAGGAGGACAAACAGAGAGUAAAAACUGUGCUGAACCUUUUCAGUAAGGAGGCCAUGAAACACACUAUGGUGCUGACUACUGAUGAAGAGACUCGCGGAUCAAUAUUCGCUUCUAGGAAUAGCGUCAUUCAUAAUUUAAUAAAGGAGUGUGGAGGAAGACAUUUUAGGUUUGAUACAGUAAACCCAGGAUGGCGCUCUGAUAUGUUCAGAAGGAUAGAGAAGAUGCUCAAGGAAGAACACAAUGAAUAUCUCAUCUGCAACAUGUAUGAGGAUGGAGUGACGACUACUGGAAAAGCAAAGCUGAACUUUGUGCUGUGUGGAAAUGAUUCAACCCUCAAGAGCUCAGUGUCUAGAAUGUUUAGAGGGGCAAUGAGUAAACCAAUGAAUAAACUUUUACCUCAGGAAGAGAUGAGUAAAGUGUGUCAGAAGAGAGAGGGAACGAUUCAUGGACGACAGAUCAGUGUACUAGAGCUUCCAGCUCUCACUCGACUCUCAGAGGAGGAAAUGAUGCAGGAGACUUACCGCUGUCUGUUUCUCUGUGAUCCUGGAGUUCAUCAUUUCAUCCUUGUUACUCCUGUCAGUCCACUUACUAAUGAAGACAAAGCAGAAAUGGAGAAGAUUAAAAGAAUAUUUAAUUCUAAUGAGCACUUCAUGGUGCUUUUCAUUACUAAACUCACUGUUGACAAAAGUGUGUCAGAUUUUGUAGAAUCCACAGAAUCUCAGAGGCCUGUAAAUCUGUAUGGGAGUUGGCACAGUGUGAUGGGGUUGAAGGACCAGAGAAGCUCAGAACAGAUCUCAGACCUGUUUGAUCGUAUAGAGAGCAUGAAGACUGAACCCUAUUCUCUUCCGAUGUAUUUGAGAGCUCCAGAGAAGAGAGUCAGACAUGAACUAGAGAAAAAACUGAGAGUGAGAGACAAUGAAAUCAUUAUAAUAAACGCUAAUAAGGUUAUUUACAUUCCAGAGGGUGUGAAGCUGAAUCUGGUUGUGUGUGGGAGUAACAAUAGAUUAAAAUCAUUCAUAUCAAACCUGAUCCUGAAUCAGAGCGAGAGAAGAUCAGAGCUCAGCUCAGAGUGUGUGAGGAGAGACGUGGAGCUUCAUGGACGUCUGAUCAGUCUGGUGGAGCUUCCAGCUCUGUUCAACACUCAGCUCUCAGAGGAGGAAGUGAUGCGUCAGAUUUACCGCUGUGUGUCUCUCUGUCAUCCUGGAGUUCAUGUUUUCAUCAUCAUCUUUCCUGACGCUCCAAUUAAUAAUGAAGACAGAGCAGAAAUAGAGGAGAUCCAGAGGAUAUUCAGCUCAAGAAUCAACAAACACAUCAUGAUCCUCAUAAAGCAGAAUUCAGAGCAUCAGACAGAAAAACUAAAUGAAGAAACACAGUCUGUCAUUCAGAAAUUUGGAGGACGACAUCAGUUCAUUGGGCCAAACACACAAAUGUCUGUGUUGAUGGAGAAACUGGAGCAGAUUGUUGAGGAAAAUAGUGGUGUUUGUUUCUCCACAGAGACAAUGAUGGAGACAAAGAUGGAAAAACUGCAGAAAUUUGAAGAAAUGAAGAGGAGAAUCUAUUCAUUAGAGACAACACUGUAA